UGUAGCGGGAAGGGUGGAAGUCGGCUUGUCGCAAAUGUGUAGUCGAGAUGUCAAUGUGUAGAUUUACCUGGACAAAUCGUAUGUAGGACAGGCCAGGUAUGGUAAAGGCUUAGGACCAUUACCUCAACUAUUUCUGACUGUCAGGAUAUUUUCAACGUGUAUCAGAUCUAUUAUAGAUGUACAAUAUGAUUUAAUCAAAUUAAAUUACUGGUUUAACAAGAGUAUCUGUAUUCUGACUAACAAUGGCAAGGUCAAAGUGUGAUGUAUUCUAUUGGUUUGGGCUGAUUGGAUUUAUCUCUGGUGCUAUUAUGAUGUUUGUCGGUGUAGGGACAGCAUAUUGGCUCGUUAACAGAGAUUUGACAGUUGGUCUGUUUGUAAGGUGUAAUAAAGGCAGUUGCAUACCUAUAACAGCAACUGGGGUAGAGACAGUAGCAAAAGCUUUAAUUUCCACUGGAGUUGUACUCGGAGCAUUAGCCACAACCCUUGCCUUUAUGUUCUUGAUUAGAUUUUCACAUAUAGCUCAAACUUCAAAGAGAAUUCCACUUGCAAGUUGUAUUGUAGCACUGAUUGGGGGUAUACUUGGAAUCUCAGGAGUGAUAGUCUAUUCCAUGGGAAUAGAUGCAUUGAACUUUGUACGCCUUGAAAGCGCUUAUGCUGUACAAUAUGGUUAUUCCUUUGCAUUAAGUAUUGCAGGCUCUGUUCUACUUAUUGUAUCGGGCUCUUUUAUAUGGUUUGGAACUUGCAGAAUAUUUAAAACUGCUGCACUUCAGCAGCGGUCAGGAAUUGACUUUAGAUCAUCAAGCAUUGAUCCUCAUCAAGACUGCUUGGAGAUUUCAAGAUAUGCACCACCUUCAUAUGAGACUGUUUGCAAUGUUGGCGGCUCAGACCCAAAACUAUUUCCCCCGCCACCUGAUUAUUAUGAACUAAUGCAAUUACCGAGGCCUUCACCUUCACAGUCACAGAUGAACAUUUUACCACCACCAUCGUACAGUGGUGAUCUCAACUCUGAAGAGGUUUCACCACCUCCACCUUACAAUGCCAGUGAAGUGAAUGUUAGUUCCUCCCAUGAAAGCAGAAAUGAUUAAACCAUAGUCUGCACACAUAUCUAGAUCUAAAGCUUUUAUGUUGUUGGAUGAAUUUUGAUUGCUUUUUUUUUGCUGUGCACACCAAAGUAUAUUUUCAGAAACCACAGCAAAAACACUGAAGAAUGUUGAUCCAAUCAGCUGGCAGCAAUCUAAUGAAUCUGUGAUUUAAAUUAGAAGAUUGUCCACAUGAUUUUUUUUUAUUGUUCUAAAUAACCUUGUUUCUUUGAAAAUUUAAGAGCAACAUUGAAUGACAAAUUUACUUUUUUUUCAUUAUGAGAAUUGUGUUUCCUGAUACUAAUGAUGAAUUUGUUUUUCUGUAUACUUGUGUGAUUAUAUAUAUAUAUAUGAAUUGAACUGUAAAUUAUAUGUACACUAAUUUGUUUAAUUCAUAUCAUGAAUUAAUAUUUUAUUUAUUUUGAGUCAAUGCUACUUCUGUGGGAUUAUGUGUACUGAACAACUUGGUUUAUUGAUUACAAAAUGGAGUAUGAAAGAUUUAUCAUACAAUAUGUUUAAAAAAGAAUCAUAUAACAUUGUAAUGAAAAGUCAUAUGAGUUUUGUUUGAAGGGUUCUUGCUUUAUCUGAAGAAUAUAAUUUAUUUUUCCUCCUGGCCAACAGUCUUUGAAUAGUUUGUAAUUUCCUCAUGGAUAAUAAAAAUUAUUAUUAUUAUUAUUAACCUACAAAAUUGUGGCGUUUCCUUAUCAAUUAUGCUUUCUUGGGAAUCAUUAUUUUAGUUUAAAUUUUAAAAUGGUAGAUACCUUUUGGAUUAUUUCUGUCAAAUAUAUCUCAAAUAAUUAUUCAUAGAUCAUACUUUUUUUAUGCAGUUAAAAAGCCAUAUACAUUUUUUGAUGAUUAAUGUUGUUAAAAUAUUUAAGUCACAUUUCUUAUUUUCAGUAGAGUUUGGUGUUUCUUGUUAAUUAAAUAUAUUUUUUUUAAUCUUACAAUGUGAUGCACAACAGCCAAAUCAAAAUCAUAUAAAAAGGCCAACCCUGAUUCUCAUGCAUAGUUCAUCCAUUGUAAUGACCACCUUUCCCAUCCAGGGUGCUGAGGGCUUGACUCUGCAUGUGAGGCCUACGUGAACCCAGAUUAUGUUCAGCUUCACACUGGGCAAGGUUUUCUAGCUGGAGCUUGUGUAAUUGACUUAAUAUUCUGCUCUGGUGCUUUCUUUCUUUUGCCAAGGCUGUUUUCUUGUCCUCAAUGAUUUUUGCACCAGUGCCAUGAAGCUCUAUGUUCGGCUCUCAGAGACAUUUUGAGGGUGUCCCUGAUUUGUUUUCUUGAUCCACCUUGAAUUCACAUUUCCUUCUGUUAGCUGGUCACAAAAUAGCCUUUUUGGAUGUCCAGUCUUCUGAUGAGACUGCAUUGAGAUAGUGUGUGGAGGACUUGAGUGUCAGGAUCUUGUCUUGCCUCUUAAGUUUCAGAAUAUUUCUAAGGCAGAACAUGUGAAAGUUGUUAAGCUUCUUUGCAUGUCUUCUAUAUUAUAUCUAAGGGGCCUAGAGCAAUGUCAAAAUUAUGACAGCCCCACUGUCAUAUGGUUCAUAUUAGUAAUAUAUGCUAGAUAGAGUUCAUGUUAUUAUUUUUAUAAAAUAAUAUUCCUAAUUAAAAUUGGUUUCUCUUUAAGAAAUCUUAAGUGUCUUAAGUAAAAAAGUAUAAUCUUAAAUAAAUAUUAUAUCUUUUUUUUAUCCCCUCCUAUUAAGUUAGUUAUUUUUCAUUUUCUUUAAACAUUUGUUUUUCCUUUGCUUCAACUAAUUCAACAUGUUGGGGGCUAAUUUAAGAUCUUUUCUUCAAGUCCAUUCUUCCUCUUCAUCGUUCUUAUUGCUAAGUUGGAGUGUUCAGGUGACUAGACCAAUACAUGAGAUGAACUGCGCAGUGGUUUCCAAAUCAGGGAGCUCUCCAUAUAGUUUUCUUUCUAUUGGGGUGAUUUGGGGCCAAUGUCUUAUACGGGCCUCUUGGUAGAGAGAGCAGUUUUGGAGGACGUGGUCGGCAUUUUCUGGUGAUACUCCACAUGGGCAGAUUUCACUGGUUCCAAUUUUGAGCUUCUGGAACAUGUGUUGUCGCAUUCUGUUGUGACCGGUCCUGAGUCGAAAGAUUAGACGUUGGUCUUGUCAGGAUAGCUUAUAGUAAGCAUCAUCUUUCUUGUGAUUUGGAUGGGAGCUCGUCCAUUUCUCAUUUAUUUUAUCUACAAUUAAUUUCUUCAUUUCUUCUGGAUAGAGUGCAGAGUUUACUUCAAGUCCAGAUUGAUUAUAUCUUUUAAAGAAAUCCUAUUUUUCCAUAUGAGACAUUAAGCAAGUAACCUUUUUUUUUAUCAAGUAAAGGCUAUGUUCAUCAGGUGCAAGCAAAAACAGAAUAGGUUACAAUACACUAGUUUACAUGUACAUUUCCAUUCUCAACAGUAUAAAAGCUCAAUGGGAUGGCUCAACAUUGAAGCACAAUUUGAAUAUGCCUAAUUGUUAUAGCACAAACAUUUUCUGAUACUCUUACAAGAUUUUUUUGUUUAAAGAAAUACUUUCUGUAACUCACAAGUUACAAGAGUUUUUAACUGCAACACUGGCCAUUGAGUUUUUGUUACUAUUUAUGUGGUGUAGUAUAAUUUAAAAAAAAAUGCAGUUGUUGGAUUCUCAUAAAAUCUACAUAUGUUGUUGUUGUUUUUUUAUUAAACCCUCACCACCUUUCACUUUAUAUGUACUUACGGCUUAUUUUUUAAAUUUGAAAUAUUUCUAAUAUUUCUUUAGCUGAUCUAGACAGUAACAUCUAGUGCUCUGAUAAACCUUUCUUUUUAUAUUUGUAUUUAAUAAUAAUUAUAAAACAACAUACCGGUAUCUUCUCUUUUUAUUGAAGGUAUUUUUACAUGCAAUUUAAAAUCAAUCUCUGCAGUAUCAUCUGAACAAGCUUUGUGAGUUACUUGUAUCACAUUUUAAGAGAGGACAUUUCAUAUAGACCUAGCACUUUACUGAAUGGCUGUAUCAAUAAAGUAAUUUGAAUCUAAACAAAUUGAGACUUUUGUGAACAAAGUAAUUUUUUUUAAUGAAAUAAAUAAUGUUUUGAUAAUAGUGUUUGUUCUCAUAGCUGAUAAAGUUAAGUAUCCCCUUUCAGACCUUAUGAUCUAUCAAUGGUGCAGAUGAUGUAUAGACCCACAAUUAACGAGGGUUUCAUAUGGCCAGCACAGUGACCAACCACCUUUUUUUCUCCCCAACUAAUGACAGGUACCAUUAGAGUUGGGUGGAAUCAGUAUCCUUGUAUUAUAUGCAAUGUUUUAUCUUGCAUGUACAUAGACACCUUCUGCAUUUGUGUUAAUACUUUGUUUUUUUUCUUUUAUGUACAUAGAAUUCAGUUUAUCUGUGAGCUACCUAGUACUACUGGGUAUCACAAUUUCUAAGUGAUGCCCAAUAAUCUUGUUCAAAAAAGUACACAAUCUUUUAAGUGUUAAAUAAUUGAAAGUAAAAUUAUUGUAAAAAUGUAUUUAAUGCUUUUUGAAAGUUAAUGUAAUGUGAAGCAUUAUUUAAAUGACUCCAGUUAAUUUAUUAUUUCUUCGAGGAUUACAGUCAGAAAACAUCAUCUAAGCCACCACCUCCCCCAAAAGAUAAACAUUCUUUUUCUGAUUACUGAGCAAUGCUAAAGGCCGAAAUUGGUGACAUUUGACAUGAACUAAACUAAUUAUCUGAUUUUUCAUUUUAAUUACUAUCAAGUUCAGGUGUAUUCAUAAAUGACUUUCUAUUGAUGUUAUUUCUGUUUCAACUAUGUAUGAUAUGUAAAUAUUUGAAAUUCUGUACAGAUUAAUACAUCUUUUGUUUACAUAAAAGAUACAUUCCAAAAUGCUACCUUUCAAGCUGAAUAUUAAACAAGAUUUCUUGAACAAAUAA